GUUAGCAAAAUGCUAAUUUAGGUCAUAAAAAUGACAGUAAAGAUUUGCUGGAAAGAUAAUUGAUUUUACAGGAGUUUGAUGUUGUGACUAGUACGGGCUGCACAAAGAAUUGGUUGCAAGUGCAUGAUGGAACAAAUGAUUCUUCUUCCUAUGUGGCAGGCUUGCCUGGAAACCUUUGCGGUCAUUCAAUGAGCAGUACUGUGCGUACAACCACUGGUCCAAACCUGUUUCUUCGUUUUAACAGUGGCGGUUCAGUGCAAAGUAAAGGCUUCAGCAUGAUAAUUACACAGUUUCAUACAGGUGCUUGCAAUGGAAAUGAAUACUCUUGCGGCAAUGGUCGCUGUAUCUCAGACAGUUUGCUGUGUAAUGGAUACAAUCCGUGUGGAGAUAAUUCCGAUUGCAUUUUCGUUCUGGCAGCUGGAGCAAUUGUCGCCAUUGUCUUUGGAUCAUUAAUCUGCUGCUUUGCAAUGAUGAGCUGUUUCAUCUUAUGUUUUAGACGCAGACGUAGGCGUAUAAAUAGAGGUAUCUAUCAGCCGGUCGUAGUAACAACGGCAAAUUAUGGUACGGGCUAUAAUUAACCAUAAAGUUUGUGACUAACUGGAUGGAAUCGUAGAACUCCAGUCAAACAUAUAUCAUAUUUACCAUAUGUUGGGUCAUUUUUGUUGAACUGACAUUUGUUAUCACUGUUCUGCAUUUAGAUUGUUUCAAGCGUUUAAAAGAAAUGAUAUAAUACUUUGUUUCACACGACUAAAUUUGCACCUAUAGCCAGACCAUGUGGAGUUUGAACACAUGAAAGAAAUGAAAAUACUAUGUAUUCCACACUGAGUAUCGUUAACCAUUAACUGUCAAUUAUUUAGGUUUCACGUUGUUUUGCACUUCAAAGUAUUUUUCCUUCAUGACGGUUUAUUACAUGACAUGUCUGUGAGUGACAUUUUCACUUUGCUAUGUAUCUAAAAACUAUAAAACAAGUUAGAGUACACAUAUUUAGUUCCGCUAAAACAUUUUCUUUUCUUAUUUGAAAAUUUUGACUUAAAUUUUUAUGUCUUGAAAUAAACACAUUUUUGUAUUUUUUUGAUGUAUGAAAGCAUGCGUUUUCAAAGCAUGUAUUUUAACCGAGAUUAUGCUCUAACUAACGCUUAUAUUUCCCUAAAAAUAGAGAUUUUUCAUUCUUCUAUAACUAGACAUUUUACACUAAUUAACCUAUUGUUUUAUGCUAAAUAAGUCUGUCUGAAAAAGAAAUUGGAUCCGGCGUUAAACCUAUUAAGUCCUAUUUUAUUCUACAAUCGGACCCUGGCCUCUGUAUACACAUUUAGACUGAUUUCUUUGGGAAUUAAUUUUCAGUAAGUAUAACAUUGAUAUUAGUACACUGAUGCACUUUGAAUCAUGUGCAGAUUCCAAACUGUUCUUCUGCCAUCUUAAAAAGCUAACUUUUUAAUCGAGCAGUAGUAAUGUGUGUUUUUAAUAAAAACAUGUGAUCUUGUUUUGUUGUCCUUAGUACAGGGCUAAUAACACUAUGAUUGUAAGACGAUAUGUUCUUACUUGAGCGUUUAUAUGCGAUGCCUUCUUUAAAAUAUAUUGAUAAAGGUUCUUUAA